ACCCCCAACUAGGAGGUGAUUCAGGCCGUGACAGUCUCCGUGGAAACACAGGCCUCCCCUACCGCAGUGGGUGCCCGAGCCGGGCGGGCAUGGAGGUCCUGGACGAGUUCGACUGGGAGCACCCCCUGACCUUCUCGUUCUGCGAGCUCAUCUCGGAGGAAGCCUUCGAGCGACAGGCCGUGUCGUACACUGAGCGCUCCCUGCGCCGCCUCUUCCGUCACAUGGAGCGCAACCCGGCGCUGGGGGAGCGCGUUGUGCGCAAAUGGAAGCAGGAGGAGCGCGAGCGACGAGGCCUCAUCUCCUACCUCACGGGCAGGUUCUUCCAAGCCCUCCAGGGAGACCUCAAUCACUACAAUACCGUGGGGGCUUUGGAGCUUCAGCAGAGGCUGGAACACCUGAAGAAGAGGAUGCAGAAAUUAAACAACUAUGCCCAAGAUGCACGGCAGAAGAGAAGGAAGAGGGGGACUUACAGACUAGAUCAUUCCCCUUCCACAGGGGGUAGUGUCUUGUCCCGAUCACCAGUUGUCACAACCACUUCCAACCAGCCAGUCAUUCCAGUCACAUUCAUGCCCAGAGUCUUUGGUCCUUUUCCUCCUCUCUCUGAUGAGCAGACAGAGACAUUGGCUGGUCCAACCUCUGAAGUGAAGGUCAUGCAGCUAAACUGGACAGGACUGUCGUCAGCACCUAAGAGUCUUUUGUCUUUCAACAGAAUGGUUGAUCUGACUCCCCUGGUGCUCAAUCCUGGUGGUUUUCAUUCUUCCCGGCUCUCUGGAACUCCUGCCCACAAGCUCCAGUGUUCUGGAUUUCCCUGGUCCUCCGGCCUGAAUCCCACCACCGAUCCUGAGAGCUCGACCACAACAGUGGGGAACGCCUCUGUCUUCACCCCUCCUGUGCUGCUCAAGUUCCAGCCAGUGCAGAGGCCUCAGGAGGAUCCAGAGAGUGACUGUGAGAGCAAGAGCUUGGAUUCUCCCAGGAGUGCCCCUCAAUGACGUCCCUUUAUCACUCUGAACUCAAGAAUGAAUAAAGCUCUCCAUGGAACCCACUGCCUGUCAUUUGCCCACAAAGGCCCGUAUUUCUUCCUGGGCUUCAGAGAGGGCAGGGGCUUCCCCUUGUUCUUGCUCCCUGCCGCAAGACGAGAUGGGAAAAUGUCCCAGGGAGGCCUGGGGUGGCGGUGGAUAGAGCCCAGGCCCAGGUGGGACCCUCUCUGCUGGACUUAGGGAGCUCUCUGUUAAGUGUAUGUGGGGAAGAUGGGAGAGGGAGGAGAGGAGCAAACCCUCACUGUCUCAGGGAGCUCUCUGGUGAUCUUGGGGACCUCAAAGGUCCCUCAAAGCACUAAAUCUGUGAGGCUGUUUCUCUUUGAAGAAGACCCACCCACUCCAGCUGCUUGAAAGGAGCACGGCUCUGGCUUCUGUGGUGCCGAGCACCAGGACUUGUUGGGAGCCAGAGGGCUUCCCGCCAGCAGCGGCAGCUGAUCUGCUCCGAUGAGCAGAGGCCCCAGGCCAGGCUCUGGCCACCUGUUCUGCUCUGCCUUUCUUUCCCAGAGAUGAGGAGCAGUGAUCCCGAGAUGGUGCUUCCUAGCUUUGGCAGCCACCUUGUGAACCGAAGAGCUCCUACGGCUCGCUCAGCAGGAGGUAGUCUCCGAAAUAAUUUGCUGGAGGAGAUGGCACUCUCAGGAGGUCGAGCCCCAGUCUUAGCUGGCUUGCCAUAAGAGGCUCUAGGUCUGAAAUAAAAGGGAAAUUGGCCUGCUCAGUAGUCCUCCAGUAUUUUGUAGCUUGAUCCUGGAAGCACAGUCUUCUGGGAAAGCCUGAUAGGGAUUAUAGGAUAUUGAUAUUUGAAGUAUUAAUGCACAUUGAUGAAUUUUCUGUGGACGUUUCUUUUGUGUCAAUAAAUAGCCCUACUGUUCCUCAG